AGUGCCCAAGUGCAACAAUUACCCGUUAAAAUGAUAAAAUUUUCUUCAGUUCUCUAAGAAAAUAUGUUUCUGCUCUUCUUAAAUCCCACCAAAUCUCUUGCAAUGUUGGCAUUUCAGUAGUGGAAAGCUCUUCUGUUCCAAAACUUAAGGUCUUUAGUUCAGUCGCUCCCUGCACUGCAACAUCAAUAUAACCAUGAAUUCUUCUAAAGCCAGAUCCAGUUUGCCUGAAGCUUCACUGAACAAAACCUCCCCAGCAACUCCAAAAGUCAACAAAGUAAGCAGGACUGUUGCUAAAUCAGAUACUGAUUCACCUUCUCCCCUGCAAAACUCACGGCUUUCAGUUGAACGUUCCCCAAAAUCAGCUGACUCAAAGCCUACCAUUGAUCGUCGAUCCCCGAAGCCAAAGAUUGCUACUCCUCCUCCUGAUAAAUCACGGGUGUUGAAGGGAUCAGAACUACAGGCUCAGUUGAAUCUUGUUCAGGAAGAUCUUAAGAAGUCAAAGGAGCGAUUAGCUUCUGCUGAGAAGGAGAAGGCUCGGGUGCUCGAGGAAUUGAAGGAGGCCAAGAGAUUGGCUGAUGAGGCGAAUGAGAAGCUCAGUGAGGCCCUUGCUGCUCAAAAAAGAGCUGAGGAAAAUUCUGAGAUUGAGAAAUUCAGAGCUGUUGAGUUGGAGCAGGCAGGUAUUGAGGCGGCUCAGAAGCAGGAAGAGGAUUGGCAGAAAGAACUUGAAGCUGUGAGGAAUCAACAUGCUGUGGAUGUUGCUGCUUUGCUCUCUGCCACCCAAGAGCUCCAACGGGUGAAGCAGGAGCUAGUUAUGACCUCUGAUGCAAAAAACCAGGCCCUUAGCCAUGCUGAUGAUGCAACUAAAAUUGCAGAAAUGCAUGCUGAGAAGGUGGAGCUUCUGUCUAAAGAGCUGAGUCGGGUAAAGGCCAAGCUUGACUCAAAGUCAGAGACAGAGGCUAAUGAGAACACUAAGUUGAUAAAGAAACUGAACUCCGAGGUGGAUUCUCUGAAACAAGACCUUGAGAAGGCAGAAAGUAUUGAGCAGAAAUUGGUUGAAACAGAGGCCUUGGUUGAACAACUCAGAGUAGAAGUGGAGGCUGCAAAAAAGGCUGAAUUAGCUGCCCUUAAUUUGGUGGAGGAGUGGCGGAAGAAGGUCGGGGAUUUAGAAAGUCGGGUUGAAGAAGCAAAACAAAUGGAGAGAUCUGCAUCAGAAUCAUUUGAUUCAUUGAUGAAUCAACUAGAAGGGAAGAGUGGUUUAUUGCAGGAUGCAGAAUCUGAAAUUGCUUCUCUUAAAAAGAAAGUGGAUUCGUUGGAGUUCUCAAUUGGGCAACAGAGAAAGGAUUUUGAAGAAUCAAAGCAACAUCUUGAGAUAGCUAAGCAAGAGGUAUUGGAAAGGGCACAGAUGGUUGAAUCUCUGAAAGCUAAGCUUGAAACUGUGACAGAGGAGAAAAAGCAGGCUUUGAACAAUGAGCAACUUGCAGCUUCUAGUGUUCAAGACCUUCUAGCUGAGAAGAACAAACUAAUAAAUGAGUUGGAAAUCACCAGGGAAGAAGAGGAGAAGAGUAAGAAAGCAUUGGAAAGCUUAGCUUCAGCAUUGCAUGAGGUCUCUGCAGAAGCAAGAGAAGCCAAAGAGAAGCUUUUGUCCAAUAAAGCUGAGCUUGAAAAUUCUGAGACCCAAAUAGAAGAUUUGAAAUUGGUUGUGAAAGUAACAAACGAGAAGUACGAAACCUUGCUUGAAGAGUCAAAACAAGAGAUUGAUCUUCUUACAAAAGCGCUUGAUUACUCCAAUCAUGAAGUCAAGAACUCCAAGGCUCAAUGGGCACAAAAAGAGCUCAACUUAAUGAGUUCUUUAAGGAAAUCAGAAGAAGAAACUUAUGCUGCUAAACGAGAAAUUGAUAGGCUUAUUCGUUUACUCAAAGAAGCUGAGGAUGAAGCUUGGUCUGCAAAAGAGGAAAGAGCCCAGAUUCUGAAUACCCUAGAGCAUACUGAAUCAGAGUUGAGUUCUUUGAAAGAGGUUGCAGAGGAAGCUAAGGCUGAUAGCAUGAGGUUUAGGGAGAGAUUAUUUGACAAAGAGAAUGAGUUGCAAAGUAUCACUCAAGAGAACGAGGACCUCCAAACUCGGGAAACUGCGGCUCUUGAGAAGGCGGAGGAGUUGUCUAAGUUGCUUGAAGAAACUUCUGCCAAGAAGAUUCCUGUUGAAAAUGGAGAGCUUUCUGAUAGCGAGAAAGAUUAUGAUUUGCUACCCAAGGUAGUAGAGUUCUCAGAGGAAAAUGGAAAUGGAGGAAAAGAGGAGAAGCAUGUGUUUGAAUUUCCAUCACUACAGUUUGAGGAACCCAAGGAAGGCAAAGAUCAGGAAAGAGAUGUUGAGGUGCCUGUGGAAUUAAAGAUGGAGAGUGGGAAUGGAAGCCCCAAAGAAGGGAAUGGAAAUCCCCAACUAGAAAAUGGAGACCCCCAAGAAGAGGAAAAGAAAAUAGAAGAAGUUGAUUCAGUAAAGGUGGAGGUGAAGAUGUGGGAGAACUGCAAGAUUGGAGAGAAAGACCUCCCACCAGAGAAAGAGCCUGAGCAGGAAUCCUUUGAAGAGGACCUUGAUUCAAAAGCAGAUGGUGAGAACUUUGACCAGGUAAAUGGGUUACCUCCAUCCGAAAGCGUGAACAAUGGAGGAAGCUCUCCAUCUAAGGAGCAGCAGCUAAAGAAGAAGAAGCCACUGCUCAAGAAGUUCGGAAACCUGUUAAAGAAAGCGGCAGCCAGUGGCAAUAAGUAGGAGAACUGUAAUCAGUCCCAGUUCAGCCCCUGAAUCCGGACUUAACAAGCAGGUAUUCUUGUUGCAAUCGUGCACCAGCAUGUGUUUGAUUUCUUCGUCUUGCUUCGGAUUUUCAGAAUAGCAAUGAAAAUGCUAAGAGGGUUGUGUUGUAUGUACCUUGAUUUUUAUCUUAUGCUGGUUCCCCUUGUUGGGGAUUCAUAUGUAUCUUAAGGUUUUUU